AUGCGACCUCCUCGGGAACGAUCUGAGCGUAAACGUGCCCUGCGUCUGGCGCUCCGUCUCGUUAGAGUUCUUUUAGCUGCUGCGCCUCUCGGUCAACGAUUUCAUGAGGCUGAUCUCGCGGCACUCGAGCACGCUGCAACCGCAGCAGAGGCUUGCCAGUGCAUCGAGGCCGUUCGUGUCCUGGGCAAGCACCACUGGGUUUUUGAAGUCCUCGACGUCCCGGGCACAGCUUCUCCUGUGACGGUCUCGGGUCAGUCUGGGACGGCCUUCGACAAAGUGCAAGAAAGGGAAACGUCGCGUAUAGAGGAGGCACUACAAGGUAUCGCUGAAAAUCUGACUCGGAUGCAGGAGGCAGUCCACGAGGGCGAUCGUCUCGUGCUCGAACUCAAUGAGCAGCUUGUGACGUCCUUCGACGGACCGGUGCGGUCGAACCUGACAACGCUUCUUCACGAGAUGCACUGGAGCGAGCAUGUCUUUUGGGAUUGUGUGGGCUCUUUAGAGAAAUUCGUUCGCCAGCUGGCCAUGGAAGUGACUCGAAGGCGAUACCUCGGGGAAGGCCUCUGCCGAGCCUGCUACGGCUAUCGCGUGCCACUCGAAUGGGUGCAGGCAAUGGGCGUGCAACCUCCGCAAGACGCGUCAAAGAACGCAGAACCAGCACCAACAGCUGAAGGACUAGCUAGCGCCCAUUGGCGUACGAUGCCGCUGAGCCCACAACAGGUUCUACAAGCCUGGGCGUAUCCGGAUGCCAGUGUCAGUGACGGCGUUCGGAGAGGCUGGCGCCUCCAGUAUCGCUACUGGAACAACAUCGGCUGGUUGGAGUGGAUCGAUGAGCUUCGUGUUCUUGACAAUGCGCUCCAGCAAACGCACGCUAAGCUGACUUGCAACCAGACCCAACAAACGCAUCGUAAUCUUAUUUGA